ACAUAUACUCGAUUCGCCGAACACCUCUCUCAUCCCGAGCAACCGCCAUUUCGCCUUUCGAUACUGAACAGGCCGGCGUCGCCUCAUUUCUCUCCCGCUAGGCCGUGUCAUCACGCGUCCUUAUAUCCUACAGUCACAGUAUAUACAGCAUCCCCAUAACCGCCAGUACGGGCCAUGGUGCGCAUCCGUUUCGCCUCACAACGCUCGGCGCUGGUCCAUCCGGCCCUUGCUGCUGUUGCACUCUUCGCCACGACAUCCUUGGCCCAAAAUAACAAUGGUGGUGGUGGUGGUAAUAACAACAACAACAACAACAACAACGAUGACAACGAUGACAACGAUAGCCCUCCCUCGGUUGAAGACAGCGGCCCUUCUCCGGCUCCCGAAAACGAGGACAAUGAAGGUGACAACGAACCAUCGCCACCAGCUCCGACGCCUAGUCAGGACGAAGAAGAGCAGAAUGAGGAGCCACCACCCACCCCUACACCUUCCCCGGAGCAAGAGGAUGAGCCGACACCAACUCCGACCCCCGACAAUCCAGACGACUCGAGCCCGGCCCCUACUCCAACCCCGGCGCCAACUCGCACCGAGGCGAACGAUGAAGAGUUCACGUCCUUCGCUUCUCUCACCAACGCGCCCCUAAUUGUCACCUACCCGCCCGCCGCCGUACCUCCAACCGUCAACGCCCCCUUCACGCAGCGCUCCUCUGCUCCUGAGGGUACAGUUUUCAUCGUGGUCGGCGCCAUUCUCGGAGCGUUUGGUCUCGGCAUCCUCCUCUGGCGUGGCAUCGUCGCUUGCCUCCUCCACCGCUCCGUCCGCCGCGCCGCCUUGGCCCAGCACGACUCCGACAGCAAAUCCGCCUUCCCGGCACCUCCCGCGCCCUUUUACAAGUACAGCGACCACAAUUCCACACUCUCUCUGUCGGCCGCCGGCAACGCCCGCGGCACUCGGCGCACCAACCGCGGCCCUAUCCCCUCUGCCACGCCCAGCCAGUCGAACCUCUUCUUCUCUCCGACCGCCGCCAGUGGUGCUGCCGGAAGUGGCGGCGGCCGCGACUCGCGCUUCCUGCCCUCUGGCUUCUACGCCGCCGGAAACCCUUCGAGCCCUGGACACACUCACUCUAUCAGCCUGACCAAUCUGCGGCCCGACUCGCGCGGUCUCUCGCGGAACGCCAUGCGCGACCACACGCCGCCCGAGUCGCCCCAGUUCCCUCCCGCGCGCCGCGAUAUGAGCACGAGCUCGUUGAACCUUUCCGGGCCUCCUACGACCGGUCGCGCUCCCAGCGCAUACUUGGAGGACCUGCUGGAUGAGAACCCAAGCGCCUUCCCACCUAGCAACAUGCCGCCGGCGAAUCCACAACGGGGGUCACCGGGGUCUCGCUUCUGAACGACAGCAGAGGUAUAUUUAUGUUUGUAUUUUAAAGUCAAGUCAUUUGUAAGGGCCGGAAAAGGGCUUGUAGUAGCUUGGUGUACGAGGGGCUUCAGGUCGGGCCCUCCAAGUUCAAUGGAACGUGGCGUUUUUUUCUUGGGAUAAAGCAUCGAGUGUAAACUCUUGGGAGUAUCAUUUGCCAAUAGAGUACUAUGCAUGCAUUUCGUCUUAUCUUCUUGUUAUUAUUUCUCCUGCAAUGGUUAACUCAACCCCUGCCUCCA